AUGGAAGCAGCCCACGAAUCCCAAUCUGCUGUCACUGAACAGUAUACUGUCAAGCUAAAUGCAAGUGUUGCUCUCAAGCUUGCUAGCAUCGGCCAACAAUCUCCUCAAGGUAUCACCACAGGUCCAAUUUAUGGUUUUGAUGGUGUUGAGUCAAACAUCAUUAGUGUCACUCACACUAUUGCAUUUCCAUCGUCUGCACAGUUUGGUUCCUCGAAUAAUGAUGAUUUCUUCAACUUGAGAACAUCGAAUCAGAAAUUUCAACAAGAGUAUCUGUCAAAAUUGAAGGCUUCAAAUUACACUGCCAAUCUUUUAGGCUGGUUUGUGAUUUCAUCGGGUGGUAAAUUCAUCUCACAGUCGUUAGCUGAUUCUCUUUACCAGUUACAAGAAACUUUCAGAUCAAACAAGUCAGAGAUCCCAUCUUUAUUGGUUGUUUACGACCCUCUUAAAUCUGUUGAUGGCUUUUUGAAUUUAAAAUGUUAUAAAUUAAGUGAUGCCUUCCUAAAGACUAUCCAAUCUGAUGGAAAAUUUAUUGCGAAGAAUUUAAUCGAAAACAAGUUAUCAUACAAAAACAUAAUAGAGCCGUUAGCAUUAACUAUCAAAUCCAACCACUUGACAAAUUUGAAGAUCCAAGAAUUCAAUUUAGAUGAUGCAUCUAAUGAAUUAGAUAAUCUUUCAAUUGGCCCAUCUACCUAUGAAUACAUAAAGCUAACCACUGACCAGCUCUCUGACUCAGUUCACCAAUUGAACCAUAACUUGGGUAAUUUGAACUAUUUCCAAAGAAACUUAUCAAGAGAAAUUGCAAAAAUUACAAAGUGGGAACAAAAGGUUAAGCAAGACAAUGAAGAUAAGUUAAAGGCUAAUCCAAAGGCUAAGUUAGCUAACACCGAUUGGAGAAAAGAAUUCAAGUUAAUGCCUCCAUCUUCUAAAUUCGAUUAUUUAGUUGCGUCAGGUUCUGUCAAUAACAUCUGUAACAACUUACAAGUAACUGAAAAUAUUGAAUAUGUCAAAGCAGUGGGCAUUGAUAAAUCCAUCUAA